AUGGCUGUAUCCAUAGGAAGAAUAUUUGGCCGUGUGAUCACUGAUGGAUUCAAAGUCGGUCAUCCAGUCAGAUUCAAUAGUUAUGAGGCUACAAGGAAGAAUCUGAAACUCAAUGCCCAAACCAAAGUUAUUUGUCAAGGUUUCACUGGGAAACAGGGAACUUUCCACAGUAAACAAGCCAUAGAAUAUGGGUCUAAGAUGGUUGGAGGAGUGUCACCUGGCAAAGGUGGUAAAACUCACCUGGAUUUGCCAGUAUUCAAUACAGUAGCUGAGGCCCGUGCUGCUACCGGAGCUGAUGCUUCUGUGAUCUAUGUCCCUCCUCCGGGUGCGGCUGCUGCUAUUUUCGAGGCGUUGGACGCUGAAAUUCCGCUUAUCGUUUGCAUAACCGAGGGUAUUCCCCAGCAUGACAUGGUUAGAGUGAAACACAGGCUUCUCCGUCAGUCAAAAUCUAGAUUAAUCGGACCUAACUGCCCAGGCAUCAUCGCGCCUGAGCAGUGCAAGAUCGGCAUCAUGCCGGGCCACAUCCACCAGCGCGGCGUCGUGGGCGUCGUGUCCCGUUCGGGCACGCUCACCUACGAGGCUGUGCACCAGACGACGCAAGUCGGGCUGGGCCAGACGCUUUGUGUCGGCAUCGGCGGCGACCCGUUCAACGGCACCGACUUCAUCGACUGUCUGGAGGUGUUCCUGAACGAUCCCGAGACAAAGGGGAUCAUUCUCAUCGGGGAGAUCGGCGGGGUGGCCGAGGAGCAGGCCGCCGAUUAUCUCAUGACGCACAAUACGGGUCCCAACGCUAAGCCCGUGGUGUCCUUCAUCGCUGGUCUCUCUGCGCCCCCCGGCCGUCGCAUGGGACACGCCGGAGCCAUCAUUUCGGGCGGAAAAGGUGGGGCGCAGGACAAAAUCCGCGCCCUGGAAAAGGCCGGCGUCAUCGUUACCAUGUCGCCCGCCCAGAUGGGCAACGAGUUGCUUAAGGAGAUGCGCCGUCUAGGCCUGGCGUAA